GUGCCACUGUGUUGGUCAAUGGACAGGGCAACCGAGAAACUCCCUGCUGCAUCGCCGUGAAGGAUGGUCAGCUCUUGGUGGGCGAAGCGGCGCAGACGAGUGGCUUACCGCCAGAGGACAUUGUCUUCGGUGUGAAGCGACUGUUGGGACGGAAAUGGAACAGCCCCGACUUGGCCGAAGACCUCCGGCACCUCCCGUUCCGGGUCGUUGAGGGCAAGAACCAGCAAGCUGUCAUUCCUGUCCGCUGGGGCGAAGAAGAGAAGCUCCUUUAUCCUGAAGAAGUUCUGGCGCUCAUCUUGCGUGAGCUAAAGAACACGAUCGUUGAGCACACUGGCCUUGCGGACACGAAGUCCAUCGGCGCCGUUCUGACGGUACCGGCAUCCUUCAACGACGCGCAGCGCCAGGCCGCAAAAGACGCCGGGGCCAUCGCGGGCUUCAAUGUGCUCAGGAUCAUCAACGAGCCGACUUCAGCUGCCAUCGCCCUGGGUUUGGACAAGUAUCAUGAGUCCGAGCGCAAUGCGGUGUUGGUCGACAUGGGGGGCUGCUCCACGGACGUGACCGUCCUCACGAUCGAGGACGGCAUCUUCGAGAUCAAGUCCACCGCCGGUUCUGCUCGCCAUGGUGGCGAGGACUUGGAUGGACGUUUGCUGGAAUACUGCCUAGCGCAAUUCUCCCGGGAGCACCCCGGUGUGGACCUCCGUGCACGACCAAGAGCUCUCCGUCGGCUUCAGAAAGCGUGCGAGCGAGCAAAGUGCAGGCUAAGCCACGACAUCCAGGCUGUGAUCGAAGUUGACUCGUUGGUCGAGGGCCACGACUUCUCCUGCCAGAUCACGCGCGCCCGCUUCGAGGAGCUGAUCCGAGAGCAGUUGGAGGAGACACUGCGGCUGGCCAAA